UGGAUGCCAUCUUUCAGCGUGAUCGGAUCACGUACUGGGACUGAAUGUCUGGCCAAGAGGUUGACUUCUGAUUCCUCCCAGAUCCUCCAACUUAUUGAUGCUUUGCUGCAGGCAGACAACGGCGGCAAAGCGAAAGUUCAUCGCGAAACCUACAAUGCGUGCCUUUGUACCUUAUCCGACAAUCGCGUAAUACGAGGUUGGACGCGCCUUCCCUCCUCGUCGAUGCAAUGGCAUACUACCAUGGCUCCGGGCCGCCGGCGGGGCAGGCCUACAACGGGCAGCCCGGGUCGAUGCCUUAUGCCGCGCAGCAGUUCCAAAUGAAUGGCCAAAAUCCAUACGGGCAGGUGUCUGCCGCUCCAGGAGCACAUCAGAACUACCAAACCCACCAACAGCACCCUCAGUAUCCGUCAUAUGCCCAACAGAGUUUCCAGCCGCAGCAAUCCCAAGCGCACCAGCAACACCAGCCCGGCCAUAUUCCUUCUUCCCAUCAGUACCAUCACCAGCAACAGCAGCAGCAGCAGCAGUAUCACCAGAGGCUGCCACCGUCGCAGCAACAACUCGUCGAUCCGUCUCCAUUGACCCCUUUGCCGCCGCCGGUCCAAUAUCCCGCCAGUUCGAACCCGAGCAAUCCAACUUCGACAUACCCGAGCUACGACUCUACAUUUAGUCAACGCGCAGCCACGAACCAGUUUGCUCAACAGCAGCCUCAUCUCUACCACCGCCCGUCGCAAAUCCCACCACCCGUCGCGCACUUCCAGCCGCCAUCUCAUCGACCACAGGUUCCAUCGCCUUUGCAACAGCAUCAGCAGCUACCAGCCGUGCCGCAAUACGUACAACCGCAACAGUUGCAGCAGCCAUCCCAACCGUCUGCCACAACAACCGCUUCUCUUCAUGUCAGGCCAGGCGGGGGUAUCACGAUCAACAUCCCGGAAAUGAAGGGACCGCCACCCUCUCAGGUCGCAAAAAGCGUCGAGCGCAGCAAUAUCGCACCCUCACCGGCGGGCUCAACGCCAAGGGCUAUAUCGAAAUCGCCCGCAAUGUCACAUAGGUCACCAGCGCUGUCGAAAUCGCCAACGUUGAAAAAAGUGCACAUGGGAGGAGUGACCAAGUCAACAACCGGCUCUAGAUCUCCGGCGCCUUCGAGAUCGCCCGCGCUGGCCAACUCUCCUGCUGUUGCUAGAUCACCUGCCCCGAGUGUCCAAAAGUCACAUCUUGCGCUGGAGACAAUAUUAAUACACGUUGCGGAAGAGUGUUUGGGCAAGGCUCAGGCGGCGGCCCCGCGGCUGGUUAACUCCUGCUCGGAAGAAGGCCUUGCUGAAUAUCACAAGAUGGUUGCAACUGGACUCACAUGUCUUGACAGAGCCAUAGCUUCUGGCAAGCUUAGCGGUCGUGUUGAAGCCAAGGCCCGGUUAAGGUAUGCGGGCAUCGUGCUGGAGGAGACAGAGGACCUCAUGUAUGCUGAGACCAUGUUGUCACAAGGUAUCGCGUUGGCCGAAAAGCGUCUAUUUCCUGACUUGAAGUACUGCAUGCAAGAUCUGCUUGUCAAGGUUCUCAACAGGAGAAAUCACAAGGCUGCACUGGUAGCUUUACAAAGACACAUUCAUGAUUGCGAUACCUAUAAACACAUGUAUUGGUCUUACGCUAUGAGACUCGGCAAGAUAUCAUUGCUUUUUAAUUCAACUGCCCCGCAGGACUUAGCAUCACUCAUCGAGACGAUCCGCGAAACCACGGCGCUGGCCAGUCGAAGAGGCGAUCGUGCAGUUUAUGUGUUCUUAUCACUUAUUGAAGGGUUGAUUCAUCUCAAAACCGACAAGACAGAUGCGGUUCAGCGCGUCCAAGGCUGCAUUGCUCAGGCCUCCAAAUUUCAGCUGGAAGAUUCGGCACAUCUCGCUCAGGUUGAUUUGCUGAGGUCGAUACUAGAUCUGGCAUGCAGCCUUCGCCAAAAAAGCCCGGAUGCAUCUCUCAGCAAAAUAAAGAGUCUUCAGGACCGCCUCGAUGAAAUCCAUAAUAUUUCUUGGCAAUCUUCCGAGUUACUACUGCCAAUGAAGAAGGAUGCGGCGUCGAAAAACACCAUCAGUCCAGAUACUGGCGCGAUUGUACGAAUUGGAAACGAACAGCAUGAUUUUCUAGUCAUUAAUUUCAUGUCAAAACCUGAUACUUAUGCUUUGUGUUAUGCACUCACUGGCAUUGCAAUUAUGUAUAAAACCACUUUCACUGGCGAUAAUAAUGCCAGCAAAGAUACGGAUAUGAAGAGCCAGGAAGCUUGGAGGGAGGCGUUACGCUCUUUGUCCAGGCUAGAAGCCCCUGGCGCGCCGGUUGAAAAAAACUGGACUCUCCAGCAAUCAAUGCGACGAGGAAGGUGGCAUUCGGAACUGAAGAUAUACGUCAACAUUCUCCUAGGACUUUCACGAGCAUCACACUGUGAAUGGGCCGAAGUUCAGCAGUGCGUCAACAAUAUCGACUCCCUGAUGGAUGAAAAACUGGAUCGAAACCUCCAGGAUUUGGCCAUGUAUAUGAAAGCAGUUUGCUACCAGGGUCGAUGCAUGCUGGAUGAGGCCAUCGAAAUUUAUUCGCACGAACGGUUCAAAGUUCGCCAUCCAGUUGGACCUGACGCACAGAGCAUUAUCCCACGGGAACUUUCCAUUCUCUCUGCGCUGAACCGUCUCUGGAUCAUGCAGGAUCCACGCCACAGAGACGAAAACAAGGCAGCGGUGAUAACUGAAGAUAUAAAAGACUUGUGCAGCUCGCACUCGGAUCCGGAUCUCAGAACUGUGUUUAGCCUCGUCAUGGCUUCCAUCUCGCACAAUCCGCCGCUCAGUAUCAAUGAUGUAAAGAAGCACCUUCAGGGCGCUUUAUCAUCGUCGCAAGUAACCCGGAACAUUCAGUGUCUGUCAAUCGCGCUCAGCAUCAUGCGUUACCGGCUGUUCGAGGGUGUAGUGGGCGACCAGGCCCUCAAGAGUGCAAAGGCGGCGGCAGCACAGGCAGACAAGGUCGACAAUCUGCUCUGGAGGAGUGUGGCGCAAGGCAUGCUCGCCGCUAGCUGCGAGAUGAUGGGCCAACGGGAGGAGAGCGCCUGGAGGCGAGCGGAAGCGGUGAGGUUCGCCAACGAGGCUGCCGCGAAGAGCGAGGCUGCCAAGGCGGUUGCGUCGCGAGCUAGGUCUGUCUGAAUUUAAUCAAGCAUAUUGGACGGGCAUUGAUGGGUGAUUAGUGUGGUUUUUGCUUGUAAAGGCGCAACGGGGUGUUCUUUGCAUGAGUGUUUGUUUGCAUUUGCAUGAUGAUAGAACAAAGCGUGUCCAGAUCUACAGAUGAAGUGGUCUUUACCUCCAGAUGCGAAUUUGAAAUCGGACUUUGAUGUUUGUAGCUGCUCUGCUGUUUAUUCCCGGUAUCAUGUCGUUAUACAACCCCAGGCCGGGACAGGGCUGAUUAAUUCUUGUGAUGAAAAUACCUACCUCGAUACCUACGUCGUACGUACGGAUGUUCC